AGCCAACACCUCCCCGCCUCGACUGCCUCCUGCCAAAAGUUUCUACAUCCUCCUCAAGUAGCGUUAGGUUAGUCUUUCUUUAAAGGUUUCGUUAUCAGCGGCAAUGGGAGAAAUGACGGAGCAGAAGAACUUUUCUGAAGUUAUAAAUCAGAUAUUGAAUGAAGCGCCAGCUGCCAGGAAGGGUCUUGUUGAUAACCACAGUAACCUCCUCCGCGUCGCAGAUUACUGCGAGAACAACUAUCUUCAGGCAGAGGACACAGACAAAGCUAUAGAAGAGGCCAAGGGUUUGGCAGCCCAGUCGCUGGCCAGUGUGACCUACCAGAUCAACAGUCUGGCCAGCACCCUGCUGAGGCUGCUGGACACCCAGGCCAUGCAGAUCAAGGAUAUGGAGUCCUCAGUCAACCUGCUGUCACUGGCUGCAGCUAUCCACUUCGAGAAGGUGUCCAGGAGAGAGAUCGGUGCUUUUACUAGUCCCAAAACCAAGAGUCGUUCCAGGCUUAUGACCCCACCAGCUUCAGGCAAGGAGCCUGAGAGAAGCUACUCAAGAGUGCCGAUAUCGUACUCCAUCUUGGACUCCACUGGACACUGUUUCGUGGUCACUGAGCAGCAGCAGCAGCAGCAGCAGCAGCAGCAGCAGCCCAGAAAGAGAGCAGACACCACAGAGAGCAUACAGAGCACUGCAGACUUCGCUGUAUCCAGUCUUGGCAUCGCUGUGCCUCCACCAUCAGUCCCCACCUUGCAAUCCGUCUCCAAACCCACGGACAACAACCAGCUUCCCCCUCCUCCUCCUGCCGAUCUGGACCCUAAUAUGCCUCCUCCACCACCACCACCUCCCGCUUCCUCUGUGGACACUAGCCUCCCCCCUCCCCCACCAUCCAUGACCUCACCCACAUCUCUCCCCCCACCUCCCCCUCCACCGCCAAUCUCUCCGUCAAAUGGCGCCUACCCGCCGCCACCUCCUCCUGUUGCAGGAGGUUCGCUCCUUCCUCCUCCACCUCCCCCAGUAUCAGGAGCAGUACCCCCUCCUCCUCCACCUCCUCCAGUAUCAGGAGGGGCACCUCCACCUCCACCUCCACCUCCUCCAGCAUCAGGAGCCGUACCCCCUCCUCCUCCACCUCCACCAGCCGCUCAAACUGGCACCUCUGGUAUUGUGCCACCACCUCCACCUCCACCUCCACCACCUCCCCCUCCCCUACACUGAUGAACAUUAUGUUACUGCAUGAUUUUGACUUAAGGCAUAACUGGCGGGCAUGCUGGGCUUGCCAUUAGAUGUUAAAAAUGUGUGCAGCAUGGGAAAUAUUUCUGGGCCUUGUUGUGGGAUCAGCGUUAAGCAUAAAUAAAAAGCUUGAAAAAGUGUGUGU